AUGGCUCCUUCGGCUGCUAUCAUGAUCCUUUCCUUUGCAGCAACUAUUUUCCAGACGCACUGUCAAGGUUUACCUGAGAGACAGCCGGAUUUGGGCGUUUAUCAAGACGAAUCAAAGUGCUUCCCAUUCCAAGGAACCUUGUACCAGAUCUACAGAAACUUUGAAGAGGACAAGUAUUUCGGGGGCAAAGCGAAAUGCGUUCGUAGCAGUCAAUCCGGCGACACUAAAGACAGCGCCAUUCCAGUCUCGUUCGAGUUGGGAGAAGGCGAACAGAUUGAAACGACUUUCCGACUUAUGUCAUCACCUGGUUAUGAUUCCUCAAAUGUCCUAAACGUCACGCCUGAAGACAAUCCGAAUGAUGCGUUCAACCUGACAGUUGCAUUUGUAGACUGCAAGCAGUGUAAAGUGCUUCGCCAUAGCUACAUUGCCAAUGGAGAAGGCUGCAGUUAUUGGGUGACGGACCAGGCACUUGACCAACCAAAUACUUGCUGCCAAUUCGUUUAUGCCCUCUUGUGUGGCACUAAGAAAUACCAAAUAUACGAAGAUGGCUGCUAGAAAAGCGAGUACGUGGUGCAAACACCCCAUUUGGAGCUGAAGAACGCCGUUCUAGCUCGAUGUAUUCAAUUAGAGAUAUGUGAAAAAAAAUAAAAUGAGAAAGU